GACGGGCUGCCUAGUGAAAGUACGUGGUCGGUUUUAUCAGGGACGAAGCUUGUGUCGAUUUUUUUUAUGUCCUGCAUGGAAAUACAUAUAGCAUUCAUUUCAAAAACAAAGCAAUUACUUUCUUCUUCGCACAAUGAAAGUUAUAACUACAUCAAUGACUCAAAUGAAAAGGCCAAAGUUACAGUGCCGCUGUUCCUCUCGAUCUGCAUCACUGUGUCCUGCAAUGCUGAGGACACCACUUCGCUGUCUGCAAAAUGGCUUGGCGCCGAAUGGCUGCCUCAGCGACCCAUGCACGCAAUGUGUGCUGGCCUUGUGCGCCAGCGGAGUUGCGGCGUCAUCAGGGUGCUGGCAGUCGACUCAGCAGUCUGCAUCCCUGCUUACUCAGCGCGAGUUGCAGGCGGCCAACUGCGUGCCUGUCGCCGAAGUGACUGAGAUCGCAGCGACCAUAGUGCCCGCGAUCCGGUGUCUUAAUCUGUGGCCCUCGCAUUGGGAUGCCUUCAGCGUGUGUUGGAACCCAGGAUGCCUGCCUACAGUAGCAAGUCGUGAAGUGGCCCACUGCUGGCUGGCUACGGACCUUGCGUCAACCUCAGAGUGUCGAACCAGUGACCCACUGUGGACUGGAACGCUGCUGCCCCAUCUGCUGCUGCAUGUAACUGGUGAUGUGACACGUCCUGGCACCCAGGAGAGCUGCCACACUUGAAUGAAUCUCGUUAGAAACCGCACCUAUUUAUACAUGGCUGUAUGGCUCUGUUUUGCCAUAAGAGCCACUUCUCGUCACAUACUCAUAACAUGCUAUGUUGGCCAGUGGGCCCCUUCUGCCUGUGAUUUGCGACAAGCAAAGGUGCUAUGUAUAUUCUUUCAGCAAUUUGACUGCCCUGUGGCCUCUAUUCUACUUCGCAACUGUUGGUAUGCGUAACUCACUGCAAUCCGGCCUGCACCUGCCUGUAACUUGUGCUCAGAAUAUUUGCACAGAACUAACUUUCCCUGUCCUAAACGGUGGUGGUGCUACAGUCAUGACAGAAGUGCAACCCUUCCACAGAUUGCUGCAGAUUUCAGUGCUGAGUCAUUAACAAAUUUCAUCAUACAAAUCAUUCAGUGAAGCAUCAUUGAUGUGGGCUUUCGGAGCUGCAGGCCUACUCAUGUACCCUUGAUGACUGCAUGACCCAAAGCUUUAUCCCCUGUCUGGGAUACUGACACUGGACUGUUGAUGAUUGGAAACAUGUUGCUUGGUUGGAUGAGUCUCAUUUCAAAUUGUGUCAAGCAGAAGGACCUGCACGGGUAUGGAGACAACCUCAUGAAUCCACGGACCCUGCCUGUCAGCAGGGGACAGUUCAAGCUGGUGCAGCCUCUGUAACGGUGUGGAGCAUGUGCAGAUGAAGUUAUAUGGGACACCUGAUACGUCUAGGUCCGACCCAGACACAUAUGUAAGCAUCCUGUCUACCUGCAUCCGUUCAUGUCCAUUGUGCAUUCCAACGGACUCGGGCAAUUCCAGUAGGAGAGUGUGACACCCCACACGUCCAGAAUUGCUACAGAGUGGCCCAAUGAACACACUUCUGAGUUUAAACACUUCUGCUGGCCACCUAACUCCCGAGACAUGAACAUUAUUCAGCAUAUUUGGGAUGCCUCGCUACAUGCUGUUCAGAAGGGAUCUCCAACCCCUUGUACUCUUACAGAUUUAUAGACAGCUUUGCAGGUUUCAUGGUGUCAAUUCCCUCUAGUACUUCUUCAGACAAUAGUCGAGUCCAUGCCAUGUUGUGUUGCAGCAGUCCUGCCUGCUCUUGGGGUCCCUACACGGUAUUAGUCAGGUGUACCAGUUUCUUUGGCUCAUCAGUGUAGUUCCGCAAUGCCAGUACUAUACUCUCACUUUUUGUAUCCCAGAUGGUUUACUCAGAACAUCUCAUUCACCGUUUACUACUCGGCUAAGCAAAUUGAUGUGAUGUUACCUGAUCCACAGUGUCAACACAGCAUGAUGUGAUGGUGUGAUGACAUGACAUAAUGGUCAUUGUGAAUUUGCCUUUAACCUAGGUAUUUUUUGUGCACUGACUCAUAUUGUAGUAGUGUAUUGUGCUUUUGUGUCGACUUAAACUUUAUUUUAUUAUCAUGUUUUGUUUUUGUUAACUGCUUAGUUUUUGUAGUAACAGAUCAGAACUGAUGCUUGCAUUGUAUGUAAAUAAGAACAUAAACUGAUGAAUCGAUUUUCAUUAAAUAACCAUUCAUCAUUUGGAAAAGUCUGCUCUAUUGAAAAACAGUGGUGUAGUCGGUUAUGACAUGAACUGCUAUGUACGCUAAAUAGAUAAGCUAAAUUGGCUACAUGUAUUUCCUUAUAAGUAUUACUUGAUAUUUGGCUGUACACAUUUUCGCUAGGAACCAAAUACUGAUGUUUGGAAAUGUUUUGCUUCUCAGAAAUUUAAUAUAUUAACUUGAUCAAAAAUAUCAAUUAUGAAGUUUACUUUGAACAUUAAUAAACUUUACCGUU